CACCUCUCUCGCUCUCACACUCACUCUCACUUCUGUCCAACUACAAACUAAUCUAUCUACCUGUUGAAGAAAUGUUCACAGCAAUAUUUACAUAUUCAUAUUUUCAAUUAAAGUGAUAAGACUUUAAACACUGGAUAAAAAAUGCUGCGUCACCUGUUUUUAUGGAAUAAAAUUCCAGUGUUAAGUGCAAUAACUCAGAAUGCAUGUGCCUUAAAUGCAACAAUGUCCACCACCACGUCUGCAACAACUCGACAAUUUUGUCAAAUUUCCGAAGCAAAUGGGGUACGUGAAAUUUGUCUCAACGAACCCAAGACCCGUAAUGCCUUGUCCCUUGGCAUGAUGAACGAGAUCCUUAAUGCCCUCAAACAGACAUGGGAGGAUACAAAUCUGCGUUGUAUUAUAAUUUCUUCAACAGGUCCAAUUUGGUCAUCUGGUCAUGAUCUUAAGGAACUAGUGCCCGAAAGAAGCGAAGAGCAGCAAAGAGCUGUUUUCGAAAAAUUAACAGAAAUUAUUUACAAUAUACGGAAAGCACCUGUUCCAGUAUUGGCCAAAGUUAAUGGCGUUGUAGCGGCUGGAGGUGUCCAAUUAGUAGCCUCCUGUGAUAUUAUUGUUUGCUCCGAGAAAAGCUCAUUCAUAACACCAAGUGCAAACUUUGGUGUCUUUGCCUCCACUCCAGCCGUUGCCAUGACCCGUGUAAUGUCACAUUCUAAAUGUUUGGAUAUGUUAAUGACAGGUCAUCCCAUUAGUGCCAGAGAAGCUUAUGUACAGGGCAUGGUUAGUCGUGUGGUGCCCAACGAAGAAUUGGAUGCUGAAAUAGUGAAAAUUGUCGAUGCCAUUAAACACAAAAGCCGCUCAGUAUUGGCAUUGGGCAAAGAGUUUUUCUAUCAACAAUUGGAACUGACUCUGGACGAGGCUUAUAAACAAGGUGCCAAGAAAAUGACUGAAAAUCUUAAAUUAAAUGAUUCGAAAGAAGGCCUCCGUAGUUUCAUGGAAAAACGUAAACCUGUGUGGUCUCACCUGUAAAUAUGUAACAUUUGCUGCAUAAUUUUAUAGAAACUUAUCUAUGAGACUUUGUUAUUCUUUUAAUUAUGGUUACGGAGAUUAUUGCAUUUAAGUUGGUAAUUUUGGCCAAUAAUACUAUAUUUUUAUAUAAACUACAUUUGAAAAUGGUGUAUUUUCAAUAAAGACAUUUUUUCUGAAAAAAAGACACACAUA